GGACGUGGAACUUUUCACAACAAAAACAACACAUUCUCUGUUUCCGUUAACGAAGAAGACCAUCUCUGCAUAGUUUCGAUGGAUGAAGGCAGUGAUGUUGGCAAGGUGCUCGAUCGCUUGAUACGAGGACUGAAGGCGUUGGAAAAAACACUAAAAUUUGCUCGAGACGAUCGGCUUGGUUGGUUAACAUGUUCUCCUGGUAAUCUUGGUUCUGCGGUUUCUGCCACAGUGCAAAUACAUUUGCCAAAGUUGCUUAAAAGAGCAGAUUUCAAAGUAAGUUGUUUGGUCCUUACAAUUUUCUAA